AUGGGGGAACUAACUGCCGAGAUCCCAACAAAGGACAAUAUUUCCAGAAUAUUGGCUGCCGAUCACAAAGUGAAGGUGGCUGGUGUCGAUUGCGAUGGCAUCUUGAGGGGCAAGGUAAUGGACAAGGACAAAUUCCUAUCAAGCCUCGACCAUGGCUUUGGGUUCAGCUCGGUCCUUUUCGGUUGGGACAUGCACGAUGUACUGUUCAAGACCGAAAAUGGCUCGACCUCAGUGUUGGACGGCUACGGUGACUUUACCGCCAUACCGGACGUUUCAUCCUUUCGAAGAAUCCCUUGGGAAGAUAAUAUCCCAUUUUUCCUGCUCCGGUUUGAGUGGGAGGCUCGCCCAGUCCCCGCUGAUGGACGAACGAUUCUCCGAUCGUUAUGUCAGGAUCUCGGCAAGCAUGGUUUGAAGUCAAUGGCUGGAGUUGAACUGGAAUUCAUGAACUUCCAAACGCCGACCGAGAAUGGAUAUACCACCACCAACAACGGAGAUCCUAGAGAUCUGACGUCUUACCUCGACAAGAAUGCUCCCAGCAGUCUGCGAUACCUGACCUCGGGCAUCUUUACAUAUAGUUCGAUACGACCGCUAGCGACCAAAGACUACUUUCACCAGAUAUUCGACAGAUGCGUUGAGUUUCGGACGAAUCUGGAGAGCUGGCACACAGAGGCGGCUCCAGGAGUCUUUGAGGCUGCACUGAAGCUGAACGAGAUCGACGAGAUGGCUGACAGAGUCACGCUCUUCAAGUUCUUGGUAAAAUCAUUAGGCAUCGAACAUCACGUCACACCAUGCUUCAUGGCGAAGCCUGUCUAUGGCCAAUGUGGUAACUCUGGCCACAUCCACAUAUCACUAACCGACUCAACGGGAAAGAAUGCGUUCGCCCGAACAACCCCGGACAAAGAUGCCAAAUGGAAGGACAUUGAAGGGGUUUCGGAUGUCGGACGGCAUUUCCUGGCGGGCCUUCUGACUGCAAUCCCGGAUCUGAUGCCACUACUUGCGCCGACCAUAAAUUCCUACAAACGCCUCAUCGAGAACUACUGGGCCCCUACGAUACUAGGCUGGGGGCUGGAAGACCGCAAUUCUGCGAUUCGCCUAAUCGCGCCGCCCGUAUCCAAGCCAGGUGCCACAAGGUUCGAGAUCAGGAUACCAGGGGCAGAUCUGCAUCCUCACUAUGCACUUGCUGCGCUUCUCGGUGCAGGAUGGCGCGGCGUUCAGAAGAAGCUCGAAAUCCCGGUCCCACCAACACUGCUCCGAAAGGAUAAACCAGAGUCGUUAGCAACCAGCUUAGACGCAGCAGUGGCCCGAUUCAAAGCGCCAGGGAGCAUUGCACGCGAGAUCUUUUCGAAUGAGUUUGUGGAUCUCUUCUCUUCCUCGCGAGAACAUGAGAUUCGACUGUACAAGGAGGCGGUCACCGAUUGGUAA